GAAGGACAGUAUGAAGGAAAGACGGUGGGCUGCAAGAAACAAGAUGCUCCCUCAGCUCGCUCUGAUCUCACUGCUGGGCAUCACAUGGACCACAGCAACAGGAUUUCCGUGCUCCCCCGUGUUUCCCUCUCCAUCACCUCCGUCAAAUGCUCGGAGCGUCAGGCCGUCAGAUGUGGCGGUGCUGUCGUCCGUGGGACUUCACCUGCACAGCACUGAGCUGUUUCUGGUGGUAUCAAGACUCCAAGAGUUGAUGACCCUGUUCAAUCCUGCACUGAUCAGUCGCCUCCCAGAUCAAACAAACACGUAUGACGCUCAGUUUGCUGGACGCAGGUACAGAUGCACGCUGGUGGAGCAGGCAAAGGAAGCGUCUCUGCAGCUCCACAGCUAUAAGGACUCUUGGAAGUUGGUUCUUCUCUUUGUUCCGGUGGAUCAGCUCUGUGUCUGUGAGCAGCAGCAGCUCCAGCCUGUGGUUGAAGCAGCCGUUAAAGAUGUGGAUGAGGCUCUGCAGCUGCUGCACGCCCAGCUGAAGCAGACCAUUGUCAGUGUUGCAUUAUGGGAUGCAGAGCCUGUCAGUGUACAUAGAAGAACGUGUCCAUGUUCGGACCCAACCACUGGAGGAGAGGUCAGACUCCUACGAGCCGUUCUGACUCAAGCUCUGCAGCGCUCAUGUGAGAGUUUGCUGCGUUUUGAUGGACGACCGUGCUUUUUCUUCUGCACUGACCAGGCGGCUGUGGGUCAGCGCAUGGCACAGAGGCCGUACAGCGACAGAGACGACUUCACUGUCACGCUGCAGGACGCUCCUUUCACGGCAGCUACUGGGACGCCGGAGCAGACCGAUAAACUGAUGGUGCAGAUGUGGACAAACUUGCUGCAGUCGACGGCGGGUCGACAUAACGCAGACGACGGACAGGUCAUCGUCCUGCCAUGUCCGACUGAGGACCAGCCCUUCCUGAGGACGGCGGUGAACCCUCCUCCAUAUAACCCCGGUGAUGGCUCACCUCUCCUCCCAUUCACAGGCACAGAGAUGCCCUGCGAGGACUUCAGCCCCUCUUCAUCCAUCCCCACCUCAGUUCAUGAACUCAGGCCUGGAGACAUCAAAGUCGUGGCCGCUGUGGGAGAUUCUCUGACUGCAGGAAACGGCAUCGCAUCGAGUCCCAGCAACAUCAUGGACGUCCUGCGUCAGUACCGAGGUUUAUCCUGGAGUAUCGGAGGAGAUGAAAACCUCACCUCUGUCACCACUCUGCCCAACAUCCUGAAGUAUUUUAGUCAGAACCUGACGGGAUAUUCUCUGGGUAUCGGCAGCCAGGAGGCUCCUCAGGCUUCUCUCAACCAGGCUGUAGCAGGAGCGAAAAGCAUGAACGUCCCAUCUCAGGUGCGAGACCUGGUGGCAAAAAUGAAGAUGGACCCGACGAUAGAUUUUGAGUCAGAUUGGAAAAUUAUAACCAUCUUCAUUGGUGGAAACGAUCUGUGUGACAACUGCUACAACUCUCUUCUUUACUCCGUGGAAAAUUACAUGCGCAAUAUUCGCGACAGCCUUGAUUAUCUACAUAAAGAGGUGCCUCGAGCUCUGGUCAACCUAGUAGAGCCUCUCCAUAUUAUUCCACUGAGAGAAAUGCACAACGACAACUCUGUGAAAUGCCCGACCUGGCUGGUAAAUAUCAUAUGUCCUUGUGUUAUAAUGCCAAAGCCCAACUCCAAAGCCCUUCACAUGCUGGAGGACCUCAACAGGAGCUAUCAGCGUCUGCUGUACGAGCUCGUAGAGUCCAGCCGCUACGACACCCGCCCGGACUUCACGGUGGUCAUCCAGCCCUUCUUCAGAGAAAUUAUUUUGCCCAGACUGCCGGACGGACGCCCCGAUCGCUCCUUCUUUAGUGCCGACUGCUUCCAUCUCAGCCAGAAGGCUCACACGCUGAUGGCUCGCUACCUGUGGAACAACAUGCUGGAACCUCUGGGCAACAAGACGUCGUUGCAGGAUUUCACCGCACCCAUUGAUCUGAAAUGUCCAACCAAGACGUCACCCUACAUUCGAACCUAUAACAACAGCAAUUACACUUAUGCUGGUGUCUCUCCAACACCUGGACCUAAUACAAACUGGGGCAGCGACUUCUCCUGUGUGGACCUUACUCCAUCUGACACUGUGCCAACAUCAGUUCACAAGCUGAGACCUGCAGACAUCAAGGUGGUGGCAGCACUGGGCGAUUCCUUAACAGCAGGUACCGGAGCCAAAGCAAAGAACCUGUUUGAUCUCAGCAGGGAGUAUAAAGGAGUGUCAUGGAGCAUUGGAGGAGAUAAGUCUCUGGAGACUGUCACUACUCUACCAAAUAUCCUGAAGAAGUUCAACCCUUCCCUAAAGGGUUUCUCCAAAGGUCAGGGCUCACUGCAGAAGGGCUUCAACAUGGCCGUACCUAAAGCUAAGACCUUAGACAUUCCAGACCAGGCUCAAGCUCUCAUCAAGGCCAUGAGGGAAAACAAGGAGGUGAACUUUGAAAAAGAUUGGAAACUUGUGACAAUAUUUAUUGGGGGAAAUGAUCUUUGCAGCUACUGCAUGGAUCAGAAUAAUCUGUCACCCAAGAAUUACAGUCACAAUCUUAUGCUCGGUCUGGACAUGCUUUACAAAGAGGUGCCAAGACUGUUGGUUAACGUCGUGGGGAUAGUGCAGAUAGACCCACUGAAAACAAUCAAGAGGAACACGUUGGGCUGUUCGCUGAUACAGAGGAACAGCUGUCCCUGUGUUAUCAACCCGAUGGAAAACUCUCCAGAGCUGGAGGAGAUAAAGCGAAUCAACCGCGACUACCAGGCUGAGAUCCAGUAUCUGGUGUCUGGAGAUCGCUAUGAUGGAAAAGAAGACUUUGCUGUUGUGCUUCAGCCCUUUCUACACAAUUUAUUCAUUCCUCACGUUGGAGAUGGGGAGGCGGACGCGAGCUUCUUCUCGGUCGACUGCUUCCACAUCAGUGAGAAAGCGCAUGCCGAGAUGGCCAUCGCCCUGUGGAACAACAUGUUGGAGCCUGUAGGCAUGAAACACGCCUCUAACAACUUCACAUAUGAUCGUUCCAAAGUUCACUGUCCCACAAAGUCACAUCCCUUCAUCUUCACCAAGAUGAACAGCUUACCAAGUCCACCGGUGACCGGCACCACUGCUGCUCCACCCACCGCCACGACAGGUUCUGGUUCUGGUCCGGUCCCGACGCUCCCCGUCUCCAAGUGCUCCUCCUCCGUGCCUGUGUGGGUGCCAGUGGUUGUGGGAGUCGUCAGCCUACUAGUCGGCGUUGCUGCUGCCUGGAUUUUUCUCUCCUCCUGUCAGCGCCGGAGAAACAAAGAGGGCGGCGAGACCGAAAUGAAAACCACAAAAAGCACGCUUUUUUAAUGCGGUCUCUGUGUCGACAACACACAUAAAGUGAUGUCAGAGCACUAAAGGGCAGACAGCAACAUCAACCUGUCAACAGUCAUAUGCGUUCACUUUAAACACCUGACAAUGCAGGAACUCAAAUAUGUAAAUGACAGAUUGUAACACACAAAAAAUACUGAUAAUGAUAUUGGCUGCACGGAAGUUAUGACAUUUUU